GACAAAACUGAUCACAGACACCUGUAUGUAUAUGUAGGUGUUUACAUAUAUAUGGAUGGGAAACUGUUCAAACGUUUUAGGAAAGUCAGGUGUAAUAGUCGCCUAAUUGCUAUGACUCCUGUCCACUGUGUAAAAUAAUGAGGCCUGCUUGAUUGUGCCAUGGAAUCUUUGCUGUUACAAGUAUAACAGAUUUGAAGAAACCACCGAGUCAUUCUUCUGCUUUGGAUCUUCAGGAUGUCUUGGAGUCAGUUUUUCUCGCCGCCAUCUAUCUAUACAUGACCACCACACUGAACUACAGCUGAUCUCAGAUUCAUUAUAUAUGACAACUGUGAAACCACAAAUGGUGUUUUUAACUGCUACUUCUAUGUAGGUUGCUGAAUAUAUCAAAGCAGCAUCAACAAACAACAUGUGAUAAGAUCUGAUACAUAUCAUUCCUGGUUGUGAAUCGUAUUGUGAUACCCGAAACACUACUCAUCGUUUUACAAUGAGUGAGGUGACAGACACAUCAGAAAAUCAACAAGACAUUCCGUCCAAGUCUCGCGACGUUUCAUCAACACCAAGUCUCGAUCCUGUGACAUCUUCGGCACUUGGCAGUGCUGAAACCUCGUCUGAAAAAUCUUCAGACACGAAACCAGUAAAAUCUCACCUGCCACGAAUUGGCCUGCCUGAAAGUUACCGGCACCGACGCAGGCUUUUGGCAGGACCACAAUCUUCUGAACCCAAUACAGAAAGUCCAGACAACGCAGAUGGAUCGUCUGGACCCUCAAAACAUUCAACAUUCAGUUUAUCACAGCCUAGGCUGCUGUCCAGAACCACCUUAACCGAAAGAGCAAAAUCUUCAUCUGCACGUCUUGCCGAUGUCUUGAAAAAUCCACCACGAUUUCUGUCGCAGGGUUCAAGAAUCAGAACAUCUGCACAGGACUCUAAAACUACUGUAGAUGAUGCUUCUAAGUCUGUGAAUGGUCAGCCGUAUUCUACUGAGACCGAUUCCAGCAGCUACAAGAACAGUACUGGACAUGAUGAGAGUGCUGAAUCAUUGAAGAAUGUUGCCACAGAGCACCAAGUAUCUUCAGUAUCUUCAGUAUCAUAUGAUGCACAGUCUAGUGGUGACUCGGCCAGAUUUCGUGUGCCAACUGCACUUUCUGGAUCACGUGGUAAAGUAACUUCCUCAGAAGGAACUCUGUUAGAAACUGAACCACCACUAGAAGGAAAGAGGGUUCUGUUUGAUUACGAUGCUCGGGAUGAAUCUCCUAGAUCUGAUAUUAAGUAUUCAGUGUCUGUUCGGGGUCGGACUGUUUCUGUUGAUGAUGGGACUGUAGAGGAAAAUCAGUCUAAAGACAAGCAGUUUGGAUCAUCACCAAGAAGUAUGUCGCUCGGUGGUGAAGAAAUGCCUAUUGCAAAGUCCUCAUCACCAAGAAAUGUAUCUGUUGAUGGUGACCAUAUUCCUAUGCUAAAGUCCUCUUCACGAAGGAGUAGGACAGCUGUCAGUGGAGAAGUGCCUAUUCUAAAGUCAUCAGCAAGGAGUAGGUAUGUAGAUGGUGAGGAACUACCUAUUUCAAAGUCCUUAUCACCAAGGAAUGUGUCUAUUGGUAGUAAAGAAAUGCCUGUUCGAAGAUCCUUUUCUCCAAGAAGUAAACCAGUUGAUGAAGAAUUGCCUGUUUCAAUGUCUUCUUCACCAAGAAGUAUGUCUAUUGGAAAUGAGGAAAUGUCUGUUCGGAAGUCCCUUUCACCAAGAAGUAUGUCUGUAGGUGGUGAGGAAGAAGUGCUUGUUACAAAGUCCUCUUCACCAAGAAGUAAACCAAUAGGUGGUGAGGAAAUGCCUGUAUCUAAGUCUUCCUCACCAAGAAGUAUGUCUAUAGGUGGUGAAGAAGUACCUGUUUCUAAGUCACCAUCUUCCAGGAGGAGCAUGUCUGUCAGUUGUGAGGAAACACCAGUUUCUAAGUCUUCAUCAGGAAGGAGCAAGUCUGUGAGCAGUGAGGAAAUGCCUGGUCUUAAUUCCGCAUCACCAUCACCGUCUAGCUCCUACAAGUCGGGCCGCAUGCUGGAUAAGGUUGGUAGCUACCCGUCAUGGCGAUCACGCAGGCAGGGUGCCACUGAUCUCGACCAGGCCAUGAAAUACAAUGAUGAAGAGAAGCUGAGACGGUGGUUCGGAGGAACCACUCCAGCGAAGACAGAACAGCCCGUUCCAGAACCAGUGGCAAACGUGUCCGAAGAUUCCGUGCAGGAAACAAACUUGGAUGAUGUUCAGCUGGAGAUGCUGUUUUCUAACAUGAACUUGAAGGACAAGCAGACAACUCCACUGCUAGUGUACCAGAGCAAUGCACCUAUCAAGAGUCCACGAAGAGAUGAGAAGGAUGUCGGUGAAACAAAACUACUUCAGACUGAGGAUGCUGCUGCAGCUGGUAAGGAAGAUACAGCUCCUGUACAGAAGGAUUCUAAAGACACGAGUAGCAGCAGCAGUACUGAUCAAUCGUACAGACUGAAAGUCAAUCUUGAAGAUGCUGUCAUCUUCCCGGACAACAUUCCUGAAAACUUGAAAUUCUCAAGCAAAUGUGUUUUUGAAGGUCAGAUGCUGGUGUUGUGGUUAAGCUCGUGGUACUGUGAGUCUCACUACCUGCACCUGGUCCUCACCAAACACGACCUGCGGGUCGUCGUCACUCAGUUCUGCACUCACCUGCUGUCGGCCGGGGUCAUUGAACACCUGGAGAAACAACAGGAAGGAGAUGUAUUCAAGGCUCACCUGAUGUACUACUGGGCGCGGCCUGAAGCCCUACCCUCAGGCAUAGCUGACCUGGCCCCGGGGAAGUUGACUUCCAUGUGGCCUCUGCCUCACGAAGAAUCAGAACAUCGUCCAGGAGAUAAAUACACUGAAGCAGAACAUCAAGCAGCAAUGGUCCAGCUUAGACUUGAAUAUAAAGAAGAUGUAGAAAAACUGAAGGAGGAGCACAAACAGGAGCUGGAGCAAUGUCAGCAGGAGUACAUGAGAAAAAUCUCCGAAUGCACGGAGCGCAUCGUGCGUCUCCAACAGGAGGUGCGCAAGUACCAGAUGCUGGCGGGGAUCGACAAACUCACCCAGAACGCCCUCAAUCAGGCCAACGCAGCCGGGGUAGAGGCCGGGUUCGAAUCCGAGUGUCGGCCUCUUCUUCCCGGCGGUGGCUUCCAGUCGGCAAACGGCAACACUGGCGAGCGCAUCAUUGCCCUGACCGGAACCCCGACCAACCAGCACGCGUCUUACAACGCCAUGUCAUCGUUCACCCCUGAGAUUCUGGGCAAAGAGUCGAGUACGAACAUGUGUCAGAACGAGUACUCGCCAGAACAGUUUCCAUCAAUUCAUCCACCCUUGGAGCUGAUUCCGUCGCCAGAGCAGAAGGGAGGGUGUCAGAAUUCACGUGAUAUUCCCAGUUCUGGUCCUCCUGCUCCUCCAGCUCCACCUCCUCCCCCUCCUCCUCCACCACCACCACCUCCCCCUCCACCUUUCCUCCCUGGAGCACCAGGACCGCCACCUCCUCCUCCAGCUCCAGGACUGGCAAGAAGAGGUCCCAGUAAGCCCAUCAUCAGCCCCAAGUCUCCGAUGAAGCCGCUGUUUUGGCAGAGAUUCCACAUUCACGAAAUCAAGACAAAGGACAAGGAAAUUCAGAACCAGCAUCUAUUCUGGGAGGACAUUGAGGAGACGAAGGUCAACCUCGAUGAGUUUGAUGAUCUCUUCUCCAAGGUUCCUGUGGAAACGAAAAAAAAGACUGCAGCUACCAAAUUCAAAUCCAAAACUAAACAGGGUGCUAAACUGAUAGAUGCCAAAAGAUCUCAAGCUGUUGGUAUUAUGGUUUCCAGUCUUCGUCUUGACAUGGCUGACAUAGAAAAAGCAAUACUUAAUCUGGAUACUUCGGUUCUGGAACAAGAAAAGAUAAAAGCAAUAUAUGAAAAUAGACCAACGAAAGAUGAACUGAAGAAGAUUAACAGCUACUUGUCCAAACAUUCCGAUGGAUUGCUCGACAAGCCAGAACAAUUUUUAUAUGACUUGAGUGAAAUACCUGACUAUGAGGACAGAAUAUUUUGUUUCAUAUUCCAAUCCACCUUCCAGGAAAAUAUGUCUGCAAUUAAAUCUAAACUGAAUAAUAUAAAAAUGACAUGUAAGGUACUCACUUCGGGUAAUGGUGUGAAAAUGAUACUUGGUCUCAUUCUGACACUGGGCAAUUACAUGAAUGGAGGUAGCAGAACAAGAGGUCAAGCUGAUGGGUUUGGACUCGAGAUUCUGCCCAAGCUGAGAGAUGUCAAAAGCAAGGACAACAGAACGAGUUUGCUGCAGUACAUCACCAUGAUAUACGUGGAGAGGUUCGAGAAGGACGAUGCAGGAACAGACUUGGUGAAGUUACCGUUCCCCGAUCCUAGCGACAUCAAACAGGCAUCACUAGUCAGCUUUGAUGAAAUCGCAAAUGAGCUGAGGAAAAUAAGGACAGACUUUAACUCGGCCGAGCUCCGAGCCGACAAAGUGUUAAACUCACCAGCUUCAGCGAAAUAUCAACAACCGUUCCGUGAUCAAAUGACGGGAUUCUUUUCAACAGGUCGCCAAGAGGUUGAAGAGCAGGAAGAUAAUCUCAGAGAAUGUCAAAACAGGUUUGAUGAAGCUGCCAAGUGUUUCUAUGUGAAGCCGCGGACUGGAGACAAGGUAGUAACCCCGGAAUACUUCUUCGGGUUGUGGUACAACUUCUGUGCCGACUUCAAAGACCUGUGGAAAAACGAACAACAAAGAAUAGUGAAGCAAAGGUUAAUAAAGGCCCAGACCCAUGUGAAGAAAAUCAUACAGUCUAAGAAAACAAGCACCAUCGCCAGCAGACCCAUCAAACCGGGAGGCUUGAAAGAAAAAAUGCUGAGAAUGGAAGCCUUAUAUAACUGAGGUGUUAAAGAAACAGCCCUGACCUCUGACUGUUUAGUGAACACUAAGUUAACCUUUCGGGUGAUGAAAGACUGAAAAGACGAAAAACAGAAGUGGAUAUAUAGCUUGGGAGAUGGCAAGUUAUUUAAUAAUGAAAUAACACUUGUGUUGCUCCACUAAGCAAAAAAAUCCACCAUUUUGUGUCCUUCAAGCAACAGUCACACUACAUGAUAUAAACCUUUUAUAAAGGUACCUUGUAUAUAACAACAAACUGUUUAUAAAGGACACCAGAUAUAACCCUUCUGCACAAAUGUAUUUUGCCUCUGUAUAAAGACCACCUGCUAUGAAGACCCACAUAGGUUGAAUGUACAUUGGAUGGUCUUAUUAAGCAAGCCAGACUGUAUGCAAAACAAGAGAAGAAUAUUACUUGAAAAAGCUAUGCAAGUUGUAAUUCUAAUUCUACCUCCAUACAUGAUGCAAUACAACAUGUAUAUACAUGUAUGUACUAACAGAAAAUAAGUGAAAACCUCUGAAAAAUUUAAAUAAUACUAUAAAAAGAACGACAUUAUACCACAGUUGGAAGAAAGAUCUAAUUCUGCUGCGUUGGAACAUGGUGUUAAUGAGUGCAAAGGAGUGUGAGGUAAUUAGUGUGAAACAGUGUGAGGUAAUUAGUGUGACACAGAGUGACGUUAUCAGCACCAGUCGGGAGUGAGGUCAUCGAUGAGUGGACUGGGUCAUUCAUAAGGCUCUGUUACCCAACAACGUGACAGUAAUAACAGGGUGACUGUAAUAACAGCGUGGGCAACACAACGUUAGCAGGCCAAACAAGACCACGGCCACUGCUUAACUGGCCAUGACAGUAAUAACAGCAUGGGCAACACAACGUUAGCAGGCCAAACAAGACCACGGCCACUGCUUAACUGGCCAUGACAGUAAUAACAGCGUGGGCAACACAACGUUAGCAGGCCAAACAAGACCACGGCCACUGCUUAACUGGCCAUGACAGUAAUAACAGCGUGGGCAACACAACGUUAGCAGGCCAAACAAGACCACGGCCACUGCUUAACUGGCCAUGACAGUAAUAACAGCGUGGGCAACACAACGUUAGCAGGCCAAACAAGACCACGGCCACUGCUUAACUGGCCAUGACAGUAAUAACAGCGUGGGCAACACAACGUUAGCAGGCCAAACAAGACCACGGCCACUGCUUAACUGGCCAUGACAGUAAUAACAGCGUGGGCAACACAACGUUAGCAGGCCAAACAAGACCACGGCCACUGCUUAACUGGCCAUGACAGUAAUAA